AAAACAGGUCACGUUCACUAGCCACGAGCCAAUAGCCGCAAAUACCACCCUCUCUCACUCCUCACCAGUGGCUUCCCUCUUGUACUUUUUUUUUCGCGCCAAUUUUCUCUUCUCGACUUUCUCUGUUUCUCAAUGAAACCCUAACCCUCAAUCUCAUGCCUUCAAGGCUUCAAUCUCAACCAACUCAGGGUUUCACAGAGAUUUCAAUUCCAAAAUAUCACUAAGUCCAACAAAACGACAACGCUAUAACUAUGAAACGGCCUUCAACUAGGGAGGAACCUCCCUCAAAACGCGCCAAAACCUCCAGAGGAGAAGAUGAUUACAUGCCUGGAAACAUAAUUGAGAUUGAACUUCGUAACUUCAUGACUUAUGAUUGUUUGGUUUGCAAACCUGGAUCACGCCUGAACCUUGUAAUUGGACCAAAUGGGUCGGGUAAGAGCUCAAUUGUGUGUGCCAUUGCACUUGGACUUGGUGGUGAGCCUCAGUUGCUUGGGAGGGCAACGAGUAUUGGGGCAUAUGUGAAGCGCGGGGAGGAGUCUGGGCACAUCAAAAUAUCCUUGAGAGGAAGUACAAAAGAUGAGAAGAUUACCAUAAUCCGCAGAAUUGAUGCACAUAACAAGUCAGAGUGGUUGUUCAAUGGAAAAGUGGCAUCUAAGAAAGAGGUCACUGAAAUCAUGCAACAAUUCAACAUCCAAGUCAACAAUUUGACUCAAUUCUUGCCACAAGAUAGGGUAUGUGAAUUUGCAAAGUUAACUCCUGUGCAACUUCUAGAAGAGACUGAAAAGGCUGUCGGUGAUCCUCAACUUCCAAUCCAACACCGUGCUCUUGUUGACAAAAGUCGUGAACUGAAGACCAUUGAAAUGGCUGUUAAGAGGAAUGGGGAAACAUUGAAUCAGCUGAAAGCUCUUAAUGCUGAGCUUGAAAAAGACGUGGAGCGUGUCAGACAAAGGGAAGUGCUUCUAAAGAAGGCUGAAUCCAUGAAAAAGAAAUUGCCAUGGCUGAAGUAUGACGCGAUAAAGGCUGACUAUUUGAAAGCUAAAGAGGCAGAAAAGGACGUAAAACAGAAGCUGGAGGAAGCUGCAAAAACUUUGAAUAACUUGAGAGAACCUAUCGAAAAACAGAAGCUUGAAAAACCCCAAAUGGAUGCUAAAUGUAAAAGAUUAAGCAAUCUCAUGAAGGAAAAUGCUAAGCGACGUAUGGAGUUACUGGAGAAGGAAAGCAGUUUGGGGGUGCAAAUUCGUGGAAAAUACAAGGAAAUGGGAGACUUGAAGAAGGAAGAAGAAACACGCCAACAAAGAAUCAUAAAAGCUAAAGAGGAUCUUGCAAUUGCUGAAGCAGAACUUCGAAAUUUGCCUGUCUAUGAACCUCCAAAAGAUGUGCUUGAUAAAUUACGCACUCAGAUUUCUGAUUUAAAAGUCUCUGCAAAUCAAAAAAGAAUUCAGAAGCAGGACAAGGAGAAAGUUUUAAAUCAAAAGAACAUAGCACUGAGGCAUUGUGUUGACAGGCUGAAGGAUAUGGAAAAUAAAAACAAUAAGCUCUUACAAGCAUUAAGAAAUUCUGGAGCUGAAAAGAUAUUUGAGGCUUAUCAUUGGCUGCGAGAACAUCGUCAGGAAUUGAAUAAGGAAGUCUAUGGGCCUGUUUUGCUUGAGGUUAAUGUCUCUAAUCGGGAUCAUGCUGACUACUUGGAAGGUCAUGUCCCAUAUUAUAUCUGGAAGUCUUUCAUAACCCAGGAUCCUCAUGACCGGGACUUUUUGGUAAGAAACCUGAAGUCAUUUGAUGUGCCGAUUUUAAACUACGUGAGGGAUAAAUAUCGUCAUAAGGAGCCUUUUUUCAUUUCCAAUGAGAUGCGUGAGCUUGGCAUCUAUUCACGGCUCGACCAAGUUUUUGAAGCUCCUGAUGCUGUUAAGGAGGUUUUGAUCAGCCAGUUUGGGCUGGAACAUUCUUAUAUUGGGUCAAAGGAAACUGAUCAGAAGGCUGCUGAGGUGGCAAAGUUGCGAGUUUUAGAUUUUUGGACUCCUGAAAAUCACUACCGGUGGUCUGUUUCCAGAUAUGGUGGUCAUGUAUCAGGAAGUGUUGAUCCAGUUGAUCGCUCACGUCUUCUUCUCUGUGGUUCAGAUGUUGGGGAAAUUGAAAGGCUGAGAUGCAGGAAAGAGGAGCUGGAAGAAGCUGUUAGUGCUUUAGAGGAGGAUUUAAAAUUGCUGAUGACCGAGCAAAGAUCCAUAGAUGAAGAAGAGGCUAAACUUCAUAAACAGCGGGAGGAGAUUGUCAGCAAUGUGACACUGGAGAUGCGAAAACGGCGUGAAAUGGAGAACCGUGUUGAUCAAAGGAAAAGGAAACUAGAGUCAUUGCUGAGGGAGGAUGACCAGGAUGCUGUUAUGGCAAAACUGAUUGAUGAGGCUGCAAACCUUAACACUCGGCGGUUGCAAUGUGCAAUUGAUAUUAAGAAUUUACUCGUCGAGGCUGUUAAUUACAAAUGGAAUUUUGCUGAAAAACAUAUGACCUCCAUUGAGUUUGAUGCGAAGAUUAGAGAACUGGAACACGGUCUGAAGCAGCCUGCAAAAUUUGCUCAACAAGUAGCAUGCCAAUUGGAGUAUUGCAAGAAGGAAACAGAGGAUCAUCGACAGCAACUCUUGGCUGCUAAAAGACAUGCAGAAUCAAUUGCUAUCAUCACUCCAGAACUUGAGAAGGCUUUUCUUGAGAUGCCAACGACUAUUGAGGAAUUGGAGGCUGCUAUUCAAGAUACUUUGUCUCAAGCCAAUUCCACUCUUUCCCUGAACCAGAAUGUGGUGGAAGAAUAUGAACACCGUCAGGGAAAGAUAGAAGCCAUUACCAAAAAACUUGAAGCCGAUAAGGAAGAACUAAAAAAGUGUUUAGCUGAAAUAGAUGCCUUGAAGGAGAGUUGGCUUCCAACUUUGAGAAGCCUUGUUACUCAGAUUAAUGAAACUUUCAGCCAUAACUUCCAGGAGAUGGCAGUUGCAGGAGAAGUUUCAUUGGAUGAGCAUGACAAUGACUUUGAUCAAUUUGGAAUAUUGAUAAAAGUGAAGUUCAGAGAAGCCGGACAACUUCAAGUUCUUAGUGCUCAUCAUCAAUCUGGAGGGGAGCGUUCAGUUUCAACCAUUCUGUAUCUUGUUUCUCUUCAAGACCUCACAAACUGCCCGUUUAGGGUAGUUGAUGAGAUAAAUCAAGGAAUGGACCCCUCAAACGAAAGAAAGAUGUUUCAGCAACUAGUGAGAGCUGCAAGCCAGCCAAACACACCACAGUGUUUCUUACUCACCCCAAAGUUGCUACCUAAUUUGGAAUACAGCGAGGCAUGUAGCAUUCUUAAUAUAAUGAAUGGACCUUGGAUUGAGCAGCCUUCCAAAGCAUGGAGCAGUGGAGAAUGUUGGGGGGCUGUCACAGGGCUUUUGGGAGAAAGUCGAUGCUGAAAUGUCAGUUCUAACAAAGACGCCACCGUGGAAUCCUUGACUACUAACGUCCUGUUGAGUCUCCAUCUUCAAAUAAAUGCAAGCACCGUUUAACCCCUCAUCAGCCGGUUUUGUGGAAAGCUUGAAAACUUCCUUGAAUAUGGCUGUAUAAUUUAUCACCUAGUGUCCUUUGCAGUAAAUAGUUUUAUUUUCAUUUUGCGGAUGCAUUUAUCAUCCGAAGCAGGGAUGAAUGGCUGGUUGAUUUGGAGAUUUUCUUAAGUGAUGUCAAUAGUAGAUUAAUAGCCUGCUUGUGCUUUGAGAGCUCACUCAUUUGAGAAUUUCAUGGACAGUUCCCUUGAAACUAUAGUGAUCAAAAACCUCUUCCCCGGAUGCUGUAAAUAUAUUAAAUUGAGCAAAUCAGAUGUUAUGUAUUUAAACA